GUGUGUGCUAGUUAGCUCCUUAAUUAGCUAGAGUCAGUCAAAAUGGCGACAUCUUCGAGAUCUAAACACAGCUGACAGCUUGCAAAUCGAGACAUAUAGCUUUGAAUGAACUCAGUUUACAUUUGCUUAUUAAAAAUGAAAGUAUCUCUCCAUAUUUUGUGUGGUGUGGUGUUGCUGUUCACCUCAUCUUUCUGUGUCACCAGUCCAGUGCCGACAGGAACAUUUAAGACCAAUUGUCUUGAACGUCACUUUUGGCUUUCUGUCAAGUCCAGCUUCCUUGGCUCGAGGGUCCACGUUGACUUUGAAGACCGGUAUGGAUUCCACUCUUUGUCUGACCAUGAGGCCACACUGUGUGGUUACACUGUCCUGGUCAAUGAUGUUGGAGACUUGGUGUUUCGUGCCUCCUUCCUGGCCUGUCAUGUCCACAGCGAGGGAGGCACAGACUAUCACCUGCGUCUUUGGUUUGUGAACCUGCAGGAGGAUGGGAAGGUUGCAGCGUAUCCCUUCCAGCUCCACUGCUCUCUUCGGGGGCAGUGGAGCACCAGAGAGAUCGUCUGUGAGGAGAACUACAUGGAGGUGUCCAUCCAGCAGCCUUUCCUGCCUAUUACAUCAAAAAAUGAGAAGGGAGUUGAUGAGGCAGACAUGGCUGUGAUGUUCCACUAUGAUUCCCAGCCACCAGAGGAAGCGAGGUUCUUCUCCCUGAAAGAGGCUGCUGCUCUGGGCUACCACAUCUCACUGCGAGGCACCCACCUCACCCUCCGCUGUCCCUACUCCUCCCCGCUCUCAUACUUAGUCAAGGAGAGAGGAGUGGAUUUAGUGAUUGUCAGAGCGACUAUCCUGUACCGACUCCAGAGAAGCUUCCUGGCUGUUAACACCACUGUCGCCUGUGCUCUGAACGAGGCUUCAGCAGAUGGCUCUGAUCUGCUGUGGACUGUUCCUUACAUCCUGACACCGUUAGUCCGUGGUGAGUUCAGGUACAGAGGCAUGAAGAUCGGAGUGAACGGCCAGGAUCUGAGUGAGUCUGGAUAUAAAGAGAGGGGAUACAAAAUCAGCCUGCAGGAGGGAAAAGUGGAGGUCAGGAUUCCUCUAGGAGCCCCAGGUGGACACAUAAAGAGUGGUGUUGUGAGAGGACAGUACAGCCAGUCCAUGUCUGUGGAUUUGUCCUUCAUGAGUCAGUGGGAGGACGAGCGCUGGCCUCUAACACAGCAUCGCUCCUUCAGGCUCCUUAAGACUCCUCUCAUCCCUCAAAUCGCAGUCGUCACCAACAACUCUGUCCCAUCCUUAGGAUUGCUCUCCGUCACUUUAGGCCUCUUUGCCCCUGAUGUUUCCCUCCAGAAGGUGACAUUAGAUGGUGGAGGCGAGCUUCUAACCUCGACCCAAACUGAAACAGACGACCUCAGUGUGUCCAGGCUCUCCCACUCAAACGGGAGCCACUCCUACCAGCUUCGUUUCCCAUUGUCACACCCGAGAAUAAUCCCAGAGGAGCUGACAUUGCAGGGUCUUGUCUCUGAAGUGGAAGUGUCUGUUGUGGACGCUGACUCUCUGAAAGCAGAGGACACUCUUGUCCUUAAAUGUACAUUUCCUGUUCAGGAACUACUAGUAUGUCUGCCAGAAGGGAGGAUGGUAGCAGUCGUCGACACCACCCACACUAUCCCGCCCACUCACCCCAACCGGACCACCCUAUUGGACCCCAGCUGUAUUCCCAUGGAGACGGACAGCGCCAGAGCCUUGUUCAGCUUCAGCCUGGACUCCUGUGGGACGACUGUCACUACUGAGGGAAAUGUCCUUGUUUAUGAAAAUCAGAUCAGUUACACUCAAGAGUUUCUGCCUCCGGAUGAUCCUCUCAUACACAGAGAUUCUCCAUACAGGUUGACAAUUCAGUGUCGCUACCCAGCAAACCAUACUAUAACGCUACCCAGCAAACCAUACUACAUACUACUACAUGCUAUCCAACAGCCUUUAAAUAACUCUCUGGACCUUUCACCUGUGCACAUCAGGGAAGCUGCAAACACAGGCUGAAGAAAAUGGAGUUUGGAGGGACUGCAAGACCGUCUUGGUGUGUGGAUCACAUGGACGCGUGUCUCCAUUCUGCUGAUACUCUGCAAAUGGGUUGCUGCAUUUUUGUCCUGUAAAUCAAAUAAAUAAAUGUAUGUUGCAUUUUA